AUGGCAAGUUUAGCAGCGGUGUGGUACCAAAAUGCUCUUGGCUGGACUCUUUUCUAUCUCGGAAUGUCCUUCAGUCCUGACCUAACCUGGAGCAGCUGCAGCAACUGGUGGAACACUGAAGACUGUGUGGAUGGUGAUUACCGUUACUCAGGGGAGACCCUCAACACCAGUUUACCUGGAACAGAGAACGCAACACUACGAGCUAUGGACAGUCUCUCCAACUUCUCGCUCUUCAAUACUGGCGCGGGCGAGUUCUGGCAGUAUAGGGCGCUGGGGGUGUCUGAGGGGGUCCAUGACACAGGUACCAUCCAGUGGCACCUUGCAGUCUCCUUACUUGGUUCAUGGAUCGUUAUCUUUCUGAGUCUAGUGAAAGGUAUCAAACGUAUCGGCAAGGUUGUGUACGUGACUGUCCUUCUGCCGUACCUGCUACUGGCAGUUCUCUUCAUCAGGACCAUACUUUUACCAGGCGCUGUGGAUGGAGUUGUGUUCUAUUUAAGCCCAGAUUUCAGCAAGCUGUUAGAAGUUCAGGUUUGGCUUGAGGCUCUUCUUCAAAUAUUUUACUCUAUUUCUCCCGGAACUGGUGUGGUGGUCAACUUGUCGAGCUACAACAAGUUUAAUGAAAAUUGCCUGAGAUGUUGUUACUUGACACGUGCUUCGACUCAUAGUACACUGUUUUCAUUUGCAGGACCUGGUUUGGCUUUUGUGGCAUAUACCGAGGGCAUAAUGCAACUUCCCUUUCCCGACAUAUGGGCCGUGCUCUUCUUUCUCAUGCUCUUCACCGCAGCUCUUGAUUCUCAGUUUGCCAUACUCCAGAAUGUCCUGACGGUGGUUUUUGACCAAUUUCCAAACAAGCUGGGGACACACCGUGGUCCUGUAACUGCCGUUAUAUGUGCUGUUUGCUUCCUCUUCGGCCUGUUGUUCACAACUCAGGCGGGUGUGUACUAUCUGCAGCUGUGUGACUGGUAUCUAAGUGUUUUCAGCGUGCUUCUCUUUGCCAUCUUGGAGACAAUCGUGUUCACGUGGAUUUAUGGUGAGUAG